AUGAAAUCCUUCAUCAAGGUUUUCUUGCAGAAGAUAUUCAAAUGCGCACCGUUUGAGUCUUACGAGUUUAUACUUAAAGCAUUCGUUUUAUCCUCUUCUACACUUGAAACAAUUGUUGAAGACAAAUAUGGUUGUAGAGUAGUGCAGUUGGUUUUACAGCGAAGCUUUUGUCUGAUUGGCUCCUUUUGCAGCACUAAUCUGCUGUCAUUAUCACAAGAAAAACAUGCGUCUCAUGUUGUUGAGAAAGCAUUUCACAGUGCUCCGGAGCCAGUGCUUUCUACAAUGAUGCAUGAAGUAUUUGAGGGAUACGAAUGUGAUAGGGAUGGUAAUGACGCACUGAACGUCCUGAUGUUUGAUCAGUAUGGGAAUUAUGUUGUGCAAACGAUGAUUGAUGUGGCACUUGAAGUUAAGCAAGGGAUUCGGAAAGGCAAAGUUGAGUGGUAUAACCGUCUUGUGGAGAGAGUUAAUGUGCAGCAAACUCGGCUUUUAAAUUUCUCUUCUGGGAAGCGCAUUAUAAGCAAACUAGUGGAGGUCAAAUUUAAAGUCGUUAAGUUAUGA